CCCAACCCCAUCCGCGAGUCUUCUUUACAGGCACAUUUUCGGAGCCGAGGGCGCGUCUGCAAGAGCCCUGCGGACAGCUUCCGACUCGCCGGAGAUUGCGCGACGAAUCUGCGCCUCGAACCCUCGCUUUCCAGCAGUCGCCGGAUUGCUGCUCCACAGGGAGCCAACGCGCCCGAGGACCAGCCCAGCCCGGGCUCUCUGGAUCAGCAGGCUGUUUAGGCUGCGAGCUCGUCCACGCAUCUCAGCCUACUCCCUCGUCCUCCCCCCAGCGAAGAUGUCCGCCAAGCCUGAAGUCGGCUUAGUGCGCGAGGCUUCUCGGCAGAUCGUGGCCGGUGGUUCUGCAGGUCUUGUGGAAAUUUGCCUGAUGCACCCCCUAGAUGUGGUGAAAACCAGGUUUCAGAUUCAGAGAUGUGCAACCGAUCCAAACAGUUAUAAAAGCUUGGUAGACAGCUUUCGAAUGAUUUUCCAAAUGGAAGGGUUAUUUGGUUUUUACAAGGGAAUUCUGCCACCUAUUUUGGCUGAAACCCCAAAAAGAGCAGUGAAGUUUUUCACCUUUGAGCAGUACAAGAAAUUGCUGGGAUAUGUGUCAUUGUCACCAGCAUUGACAUUCGCCAUUGCUGGAUUGGGAUCUGGACUAACAGAAGCCAUUGUAGUUAACCCUUUUGAGGUAGUAAAAGUUGGCUUGCAAGCAAAUCGGAACACAUUUGCAGAGCAACCAUCCACUAUGGGUUAUGCAAGACAAAUCAUUAAGAAGGAAGGCUGGGGACUCCAGGGCCUCAACAAAGGAUUAACUGCAACUUUGGGACGACAUGGAGUUUUCAACAUGGUUUAUUUUGGCUUCUACCACAAUGUCAAAAACAUGAUUCCUGUCAAUAAGGAUCCAACCUUGGAGUUUUUGAGAAAAUUUGGGAUUGGUCUUCUCUCGGGGACAAUAGCCUCAGUCAUUAACAUCCCUUUUGAUGUUGCCAAAAGUAGGAUUCAAGGGCCUCAACCAGUUCCUGGAGAGAUCAAGUACAGAACCUGUUUUAAAACAAUGGCAACAGUCUAUCAGGAAGAAGGGAUUUUAGCUUUGUACAAAGGCCUGCUUCCCAAGAUUAUGAGACUUGGACCAGGUGGUGCAGUGAUGCUGCUGGUUUAUGAAUACACCUAUUCAUGGCUUCAGGAGAACUGGUGAUUGCCUAGGAAGUGUUUUUCCCCCUUGAGAUAAUGGAUAUUUGCUAUGCAGCACCAUGAAGAAGACAGACUAUCGAUUGGCCAGGUGUAUAAUUAUGAAGGAGAAAACUGUUCAAGAACAAUAUCUAUUUUAAUACUUUAAAAAAUAUCUAUAGGCAACUUGAGAUUAUAGUUUUGACUGUAUAAAUAAAACUGUGAGAAGGAAAAAUAAUAUGAAACAAUGAGGUAUUUAAAGUGAAUACAGAAAAAUAGCAUAGAAAUCAUAUAUUUCAUAAAAUAAAUAGAAACUUUGUCUCCUAUGUUCCUCUUCAAUGCUUCACAAUGAAAAUUCAUUGUAUUGAUCAGUAUUUUUCCUAAAAGGUCUAGAAAUGCUUAAACUAUUGAAAAUAAAUCAAAUUAUUCAAAGACUGAGUUAAAAAAAAGUUAAGCCAAAAUGUAAGCAGUUUUCAUAAUGAAUUAAAUAUUCCAUAAAUAAUAUUUAAAGAGCACAAGAAAAAAUUUUUUAAAUGCACCAAAAUGACCUUUUAAGAAUGUUUAAUUUUAUGAAUACUAUGUUAAAAUGUAAAUCUGCUGGUUUUCUUUAGGAACUAUGCACAUAUCAGCUCUAUUUUCCUACAUCUACUUUAUAUCUCAUAUUGCUGUAAGAUAGUAAACAGGUAUUUUAAAACAUUGUUUAAAACAGAAUGUUAAAACACUGUUGUUUAAGCAUGUUUAAAUCAUGAUAUCCCAAAUCUCUUCUAACAAGUAGGAAACAUGAAAUAAAAUUUACUUUCCUCCACAUAGUUCUCUUUGAAGACAGGUUUUGUUGAUGAGAUAUUUUCAUGUUAAAUCACAAAUUGGAAACACCUUUGAACCCAUUUGUCAGCCUUCAGUAUUUGCAUCCAAAUAACUUUGUUCGGCAUGCCUACCUGUGCCUUUUUUAGGAAGAAUGUGUAGAACAGAACUGCAUUUUCAGGUUACUAGUUUUAAACGACAACUUCAGGUGGGAAGUCAGCUGUCUGCAGUAUUAAAACAUGUAUGAUGAAGGGGAAAUGUUCUGAAAAAGAAAUACAUUUAACAUUUCUAAGGAUUACUAUACUAACAUGUACCAACCUUGGUCUUGAUGUAACCAAACUUGAUUUUAUAUCUGCAUCCAGAGAUGAUGCUGAUUCAGUAAAGUCAACAAGAAUAACUGAAAGUCCAUAUGACACUUGUCCUAAGUUACUACUGUGGGCUAUUUCUACUAUGGGGCUUUUUCACUAAAGCAUUUUGAAAAUAAAAAGUAAAAGAUAACAUGGUAAUUAUUACUUUUUAUUAAUUUAGAGCAUUUGAAGUAUAAAAAUAAAAGGCUUUUGACAUACUGUAUAUACAUAUAUAGCCUUCUGUUGUACAUCCUUUCCAACGUGUUUUUUAAAAUUUAUAUCUCAGUCCAAUAUUCAAUAAAAGGGUCAUUAAAAACAAAACAAAAUUGUUAAAAAAGAGAAAUAAGAAUGUGUCUCUGUUGCACAAGUGCAUUCUAUCCUUGCAGGUAAUAUUCUUACAUCCGAUGAGAGCACUGCCUGCAUAGAGGCCAUGAAAUUGAACCUUUAACCUCUCCAUGUGCAUCAGAUAGAAAAGGAUUUCUGAAGAGUGCAUUUGCCAGUUUAAAAGCAACACUUUUACCAUCUAUGAGAUAGAGGACAUAUGUCAACAUUAACCAAUAAUAAUAAUCUUUAAAAGUUAACCCUUUAAUCCAUCCUAUUUUCCUUCUCGUAUUUUAAAUAGUGGCUUUAAAUCAUAAUUUUCUUUGAAUAGCAAAUUGUAUCUGUUAUCUUUUAAAAAUUACUCCAUGUGAAUUCACUGUUAAGACCUAGAGGGAGAAAAGGGAACUUCGAUACCAUUAAUAUUAGAUUUUUUAAAAUAUAAGAACCAGAAAAAAAUUAUAAAUAGCACAAUAACAAGAGAUUUCUUAAUUUAGAUAAAGAAAAUAACAUUAUUUGCAUUUCCACACAAGCAAUUAAUAUUUUUUAAAGCCCCCUAACAGCCACCUAAAAACAUUUGAUAAAGAAUAGUUCUGUACCUUACAUCAGUUUUUCAGAUGACAGGAGAGUCCCUGUAUGGUAUGGUUUUAAAGUCUCCACCAAAAUAAUGGAUUGGAUCUUUGUUCCAUUCAGUUUAUAGUCUAUUUUCUCACCAGACUGGGAACUCCAGAUGUCAAUGGGAGUUUUACAAGAUCAAAGGAAGACUAUGGCCCUGAGAGUUCAUCUGCUCCUUCUGCUUAUUCUUCUCCUGAAGUUAUAAUCCUCUAUUUGUAGCACUGAAUUUCGGUUGCUUUAGAAAUAAAUGCAGUUCAAAGCUCUCUAUAAGAUAUCUGCUGUUUGAAAAAAGCAGUCACUCUAACAUAACUUGUGUGUCAGAAAUCUUCUUACUGUUUACAUCCUAGUGAUUUGAAAACCUAACUAAUCUAGCCAUCUGAGUUUUAAAUGAAGCCAUGAAACCAAUGUGGUGGAACCGCAUUGCCAUGUAGACUGUGCACAGCACAGAUGGGAAGAAAUUAAAAUCACCUAGGGAAUACAUCUUCAACAUCCAUAUCCAGUGAGGUGCUCUUUUAGUUAUUGCACAGAAUUAGUACCAAAAAACCCUCAAUAUAUUAAUUUUCCAACAGCUGAAUUGUACCAAUGUCCUAAAAACAUAUUUUUAAGCCUAUAUUGCCAAACAGGAAGAACUUCCUAAACAGAAGGGAUUAAAAACUGUAGAAUUU